UCCGGGAGGGGGCGGGCGUGAGGCGCGCCGUCCGCCUGAGGGGCCGCGGACCCCGGCUCCCGCGAGCGCCGCGGCUGGCUCGGCUGUUCCAUGUGGCUCCGGCGGGGAUGGAGGACUCGGUGGCGGCGGCGGCGGCUGCUGCUGCGGCGGCGACGGAGGAGCGGCGCUGAGGAGGGAAGCGGGCCAGACCCCGCCCGACAGCGGGAUUAGAGCCCUCCGGAAUACACAGCAUAUAGCCCCCCCUGAGGUGGAAUGGUGAUGUCUCCAUGAGGGAACCUCCUCUCAUUCAUCCUGUCCUGUGUAUCAUACUGUUCUCGCCUGGGCCAUUCAUCUGAGAUGGGAUUUACCCCGUGAAACAGGGAGAAGACUUAUGGACCCCCAACAUCAUUUCAAGUUGUAGUUGAGUUUUUUUUUUUUUUUUUCUAAAGUACAGGACAUACAUGCAAAGCUCCUCUGCUUUGGGCCCUCUGCUUUGUUAAAGCCGCUGUCUGGCGGACCCAGAACUGCUCCAGUUGACGGAUCAUCAUGGCUUCAGUUUGGAAGAGACUGCAGCGUGUGGGAAAACAUGCAUCCAAGUUCCAGUUUGUGGCCUCCUACCAGGAGUUGAUGGUUGAGUGUACCAAGAAAUGGCAACCAGAUAAACUGGUGGUAGUUUGGACAAGAAGAAGCCGAAGGAAGUCUUCUAAGGCUCAUAGCUGGCAACCUGGAAUAAAAAAUCCAUACCGUGGUGUUGUAGUGUGGCCUGUUCCUGAAAACAUUGAAAUCACUGUGACACUUUUUAAGGAUCCUCAUGCAGAGGAAUUUGAAGAUAAAGAGUGGACAUUUGUCAUAGAAAAUGAAUCCCCUUCUGGUCGAAGGAAAGCUCUUGCUACUAGCAGCAUCAACAUGAAACAGUAUGCAAGCCCUAUGCCAACUCAGACUGAUGUCAAGUUAAAAUUCAAGCCAUUGUCUAAAAAAGUUGUAUCUGCAACUCUCCAGUUUUCAUUAUCUUGCAUUUUCCUUCGGGAAGGAAAAGCCACGGAUGAAGACAUGCAAAGUUUGGCUAGUCUGAUGAGUAUGAAGCAGGCUGACAUUGGCAAUUUAGAUGACUUCGAAGAAGAUAAUGAAGAAGAUGAUGAGAACCGAGUGAACCAAGAGGAAAAGGCAGCAAAAAUUACAGAGCUUAUCAACAAACUUAACUUUUUGGAUGAAGCAGAAAAGGACUUGGCCACUGUGAAUUUAAAUCCAUUUGGUGAUCCUGAUGUAGCAGAAUUAAACCCAUUUGGGGAUCCUGACUCAGAAGAACCCAUCACUGAAACAGCAUCACCUAAAAAAUCAGAAGAAUCUUUUUAUAAUAAUAGCUAUAAUCCCUUUAAAGAGAUACAGACUCCACAGUAUUUGAACCCAUUUGAUGAGCCAGAAACAUUUGUAACUAUAAAAGAUUCUCCUCCCCAGUCUACAAAAAGAAAAAAUGUAAGACCUGUGGACAUGAGCAAGUACCUCUAUGCUGAUAGUUCUAAAACAGAAGAAGAAGAAUUGGAUGAAUCUAAUCCUUUUUAUGAACCUAAACCAACUCUUCCUCCAAAUAAUUUGGUAAAUCCAAUUCAAGAACUGGAAACUGAAAGGAGAGUGAAAAGGAAAGCUCCAGCCCCACCAGCCAUCUCACCAAAGACAGGAGUAAAUGAAAACACAAUUAUUUCUGCAGGAAGAGAUCUGUCCACUUCUCCUAAGCCGAGUCCUAUACCAAGUCCUGUUUUGGGGCGAAAGCCAAAUGCUAGUCAGUCAUUGCUGGUAUGGUGCAAAGAAGUUACAAAAAACUACCGGGGAGUGAAAAUCACCAAUUUUACUACAUCGUGGAGAAAUGGUUUAUCUUUUUGUGCAAUAUUACAUCACUUUAGACCAGAUUUGAUUGACUACAAGUCUCUGAAUCCUCAAGAUAUUAAGGAGAACAACAAAAAGGCAUAUGAUGGAUUUGCCAGCAUAGGAAUUUCCCGGUUAUUGGAACCUUCUGACAUGGUCUUACUGGCAAUUCCUGACAAACUGACUGUUAUGACUUAUCUCUAUCAAAUCAGAGCACAUUUCAGUGGCCAAGAACUGAAUGUUGUCCAGAUAGAGGAGAACAGCAGUAAAAGCACAUACAAAGUUGGAAAUUAUGAAACAGAUACAAACAGUUCUGUUGAUCAGGAAAAGUUCUACGCAGAGCUUAGUGAUCUGAAACGGGAGCCUGAACUACAGCAGCCUACCAGUGGAGCAAUAGACUUCUUAUCGCAAGAUGACUCUGUAUUUGUAAAUGAUAGUGGGGUUGGAGAGUCAGAAAGUGAACAUCAGACUCCUGAUGAUCAUCUUAGUCCAAGCACAGCCUCCCCGUACUGUCGCAGGACUAAAAGUGACACAGAACCCCAAAAGUCCCAGCAGAGCUCUGGAAGGACUUCAGGAUCUGAUGACCCUGGAAUAUAUUACAAUACAGAUUCAACCCACGCACAAGUUUUGUUAGGCAAGAAGAGACUACUGAAAGCUGAGACUUUAGAAUUAAGUGACUUCUAUGUUAGUGAUAAGAAGAAGGAUGUGUCUCCACCCUUUAUUUGUGAGGAGACAGAGGAACAAAAGCUUCAGACUCUAGACAUUAGUAAAAACUUGGAGAAGGAAAAAUUAGAGAAUUCCAGAUCCUUAGAAUGCAGAUCAGAUCCUGAAUCUCCUAUCAAAAAACCAAGUUUAUCUCCCACUUCCAAACUUGGAUACUCAUACAAUAGAGAUGCAGACCUUACAAAGAAAAAACGAACUUCCCUGAGGCAGACAGAGUCUGAUCCAGAUACUGACAGAACCACUUUAAAUCAUGCAGAUCAUUCCACUAAAACAGUCCAGCAUCGAAUGUUAUCAAGACAAGAAGAACUUAAAGAAAGAGCAAGAGUUCUGCUUGAGCAAGCAAGAAGAGAUGCAGCUUUAAAAGCAGGAAAUAAACAGAAUCCCAAUGCAGCCACACCACUCUGCAACAGGCAGCUAAGUGAUCAGCAAGAUGAAGAGCGACGUCGGCAGCUGAGAGAGAGAGCUCGUCAGCUAAUAGCAGAAGCUCGAUCUGGAGUGAAGAUGUCAGAACUUCCCAGCUAUGGUGAAAUGGCUGCAGAAAAGUUGAAAGAAAGGUCAAAGGCAUCUGGAGAUGAAAAUGAUAAUAUUGAGAUAGAUACUAACGAGGAGAUUCCUGAAGGCUUUGUUGUAGGAGGUGGAGAUGAACUUACUAACUUAGAAAAUGACCUUGAUACUCCCGAACAAAACACUAAAUUGGUAGACUUGAAGCUAAAGAAGCUCCUAGAAGCUCAGCCACAGGUGGCAAAUUCACUCUCCAGUGCUGCACAGAAAGCUAUAACUGAGAGCUCGGAACAAGAUAUUAAGAAUGGCACAGAAGAUCUCCAGACUGAGCGAUUACAAAAAGCAACAGAACGAUUUAGAAAUCCUGUUGUGUUCAGCAAGGAUUCUACAGUCAGAAAAACUCAACUUCAGUCUUUCAGUCAAUAUGUUGAGAAUAGACCAGAGAUGAAAAGGCAGAGAUCAAUACAGGAAGAUACAAAGAAAGGAAAUGAGGAGAAGGCAGCGAUAACUGAAACUCAGAGGAAGCCAUCAGAAGAUGAAGUGCUUAAUAAAGGGUUCAAAGACACCAGUCAGUAUGUUGUAGGAGAAUUGGCAGCACUAGAGAAUGAGCAAAAGCAAAUUGACACCCGUGCCGCGCUGGUGGAGAAGCGCCUUCGCUAUCUCAUGGACACAGGAAGGAACACAGAAGAAGAAGAAGCUAUGAUGCAGGAAUGGUUUAUGUUGGUUAAUAAGAAAAAUGCCUUAAUAAGGAGAAUGAACCAGCUUUCUCUCCUGGAAAAAGAGCAUGAUUUAGAACGACGGUAUGAGCUGCUGAAUCGGGAAUUGCGGGCAAUGCUAGCCAUUGAAGACUGGCAGAAGACCGAGGCCCAGAAGCGGCGCGAGCAGCUCCUGCUGGACGAGCUGGUGGCCCUGGUCAACAAGCGCGACGCGCUCGUCCGCGACCUGGACGCGCAGGAGAAGCAGGCUGAAGAGGAAGAUGAGCACUUGGAGCGGACUCUGGAACAAAACAAAGGCAAGAUGGCCAAGAAAGAAGAGAAGUGUGUCCUUCAGUAGCUGCCGGACCAGACCCUCCCAACCGCGGGCGCUUGGUCCCCAGACCCGAAAAUGUCAGACUCGCAGACUCGUUGUUGACUUAAAACUUUUAACGUUUUUUGGGGGGGCCUGGAUUGUACUUCUUUACCACCACCACCACCACCACCCCUUUCCCUCCCUCCUUUCCAGAUAAUACACAGAACUCCAAAAGAGCUUUGUUUAAGGAUUUUGUGUGUGUGUGUGACUUAAUCAUUUCCUUGAAAUCAUGUGAAAUAAAUUUGCACAGAUACCUUGUGAACGAUUGGUAUUGAGAGUGUUCAAGAGACGGCUCAAAGAAGAAAGAAAAGAAAACCCUUCCCUCGUUAUUUCCCCUCAGUUUUCGAUGGGAGGAAAAUUUGGAACAUUUUUGUUGUUGUUAUUAUUGUUGUUGUUGUUGUUAAUAGCAUAAUGGUGGGAGGGGGUACGUAAGUGGGGGAUAAGAAAAAUGUCAUGAAUGAUUUUUCCAGUCCUGCCAUAUGUAACACUUGACUCUGUUACCUGAAUUUUAUAGUUAGAUCAUAUCCAAUCUACUUAUUAAACUGUGUUCUAUUUACCAGUGGGAUUUUCUGCAGUUGUUUUGCAUUUCACUGUAAGGAUAAUAGAGUUCCUGUCCUCUGCUCUCCUCAGAGGAUGGCCCUUUAAUGUAGCCUGAGACAGUCCUGUGAUUUGAAGGUGAGCUGUGAGGAUGGGACUAAUUGACAUGCAUCAGUUUACAAAGACGGUUUUAUCAUCUGAGAAUGCGCCAUCUUUUUCUCCGGAUAAUUAUUUAUUACAUCUAGCUCGGUCCCUACAUUUUGUUGGGUCUCAACAUUGGCUCAAGAAUGCUGUUAGUAUUUAUUCUGUAUUGAUAAAAGUCUGUCUUGCCACUAUGAGUAAAUCCCCCCCAAUUAAUAUUUUCUUCUCUAGCAUAGCACUGUCAUUUUUUUUGUGAAAAUGGUUAUCUGUUUUAUUUAUUACAAUACUGAGUCAUAUAUAAAUUUUCAAUAAAAGCAGAAACUUUCUUACCUUAA